GCCACACAGCAUGAAAAGAACCUUCUGACCAUUUCGAAAGGCGGACAUUUCCCAAAGAAACAAGAAGAAGAAAGUCUGUCAGGAUCCAAACAUGGAAGUCCAAAGUCCAUCGCGGUUCGGACCCCGAGAACCAUCGGACUGACUGCCGGACGGCGGGAAGAAUCGGGGCGCGGCCAGCUGACGGAAGCCGCGGCAGCCAUCUUGGACGUAAAGGCAGCUGAAUUGAAACGAUUGGAUGUGCUCCUCCGCAGCGCCACCUGCUGGCCAGCAUGGAGCCCGCGGUUGUGCAUGGCGAGAACGAGGCGCUGCAGCAGUUCUUCAGUGGUCAGGACGUGAGCCAGGUUCUGGACAGUUCCGUUGCCGUGGAUACCAGCAUCCUGGAGCAGUACCUCGGCAGCGACUUCAACGCUUUCGCGCUUCCCGAGUCUCCUCCAGACUCAGACGUCUGCUCGCCCGAGCAGAUCCCAGAUUUCCAUUGGUCCAACCGGCCCACAGUCCCACCGAUGCGCCUCACCGAGCCGACCGCGCGGCUUCCCCGUUUUGGCCGAUCGGAGAGCCGUUCCGGAGCUUCGCCGCCAUCCGACGGGUACGCCGUCACCUGGAUGCCUUCGGGACCGCCCCCCCCGCCCAUCUGCCUGCCGGACUCCGCCUCCUCCUUGCACUCCUGCUCCCCUGACAGAAGCAAAAGGAAACGAAGCGAGUCCCAGGACUCGUCGUCAAGACCGGAUCAACUUGCGCUUGGGGGUGACCCCGACGGCACUCGAGCGGGACCCGUUCCCAGUGGCUCCUUGACGUGGGAGAGCUUCCGUCCGGCGGACUGGAAUGCCAUGCUGGACGCUAACUUGCGCACAAUGUGCCGGCCCGUGUUGGCGGUGGACACAGACAAAGGUUUCAACUUCUCGCCGGCCGACGAUGCUGUCGUGUGCCAGAAGAAGAACCAUUUCCAGGUAACGGUUCACGUGGGCGUGGCCGCGGAGCCCGCGUACGUGACAACGCCGCACGGCAUGCGCCGGCCGGACCGCCUCGACAUCAAUGUGUUUGGCAUCAAGAUGGAAUCUCCCGAGCAGCGCGUGACCAUGGAGCAGUCUCAGGCCGACCGCACCAAGAAGCCUCUGCGGCCUGUCAGGGUCGGCGUAGCAAACGGCGGGAUGAGCAAAGUGACGCUGGGACGCCUCCACUUCAGCGAGACCACCGCCAACAACAUGAGGAAGCGGGGACGGCCCAACCCCGACCAGAGAUAUUUCCAGAUGGUGGUCGGAUUGUACGCCACCUCCGCCAAGGAGGGAGACGAAGUAGAGUCUCCGUCCUACCUCUUGGCCGCCCUCGUGUCCGAGAGACUCAUCGUCAGGGCUUCCAACCCAGGCCAGUUUGAGAUGGACAGCGACCCCCUGUGGCAGCGCGGGGCAGCGCAGGACGCAGUGGCGUGUCACGGCCGGGUGGGCAUCAACACGGACGCCCCCGACGAGGCGCUGGUGGUGUGCGGCAACGCCGCCGUCAUGGGCCGCCUCAUGCGGCCCUCCGACCAGCGCGCCAAGCACAACAUCCGGGAGGUGGACCCUGAGGAGCAGCUGAGGAGGAUCAGACAAAUGCGAUUGGUGGAAUUCGACUACAAACCCGAGUUUGCCUCCAGGAUGGGCAUCGAACACACGCACUGCACAGGUGUGCUGGCUCAGCAAGUCAAGGAGCUCCUCCCUUCGGCCGUCAAGGAGGUCGGAAGGGUCAGCUGUCAUGACGGCCACGAGAUCGACAACUUCCUGUUGGUGGACAAGGAGCAGAUCUUCAUGGAGAACGUGGGCGCCUUGCAGCAGCUCUCCAAGAUGACCGACAGCCUGGAGACUCGCGUGAGCGAGUUGGAGGUGUGGAAGCGACGCCUCGCCAAGCUCAAGAGCCUGACGGGAAGUCUGCGCUCCAUGAGGACGUCGAGGAAAGCGAGCGCCGCGUCGGCGGCGUCGCAGAGUUUCCACGCGAGCCCCGGAGCCUCCGAGGCGGACGGCGACGGUUGCGUGUCGCGGAGAAUGUUCCGGGCCGGCGUCCUCACGCUGUGCCUCGCCGUUGCCGUCUGCAUCGUCACCAUCGGCGCGGUCUACCUGCUCCACUUAACGCAGCGCAAUGUGGACUCGUCGUCCGGCGCCAGUAACAGCAGCGUACUUCCUGCACAGACGACCGCAAGCAGCAGCUCAGCGCCGCCCAUCGCCCCCCCGGGGCCCUGGCCCCCCGACGUGCACUUCUGCCACCUGCUGUACUGCGACACGGUGUACUGCUGCCCGCCGGGCGGCCGCGACGACGACGCCGACUCGUCGCGAGUGAGCCGCGGAGCAGAGAAAAACACGGACGACUUCCUCCAGAAGCUCCAAAGCUCCACAGAUUGGACAAACACGUCCAUCGAGUCCUUCCUGAUCAAAGAGAACCAGCAGGUGAUCGACAGCCGCUACUGCGUGCGAGACGAGUGCGGACCGGACCGGUUCGUCUUCCAAGUCCCCGUCAGUCCGUUCGUCCCGGUCAACAUGCGAGUGACGCUCCUCAUGAAUUCCACCGAGGUGCUGGUGGUGCACCUGUGCGCCUCUCACGAGUCGUCCACGUGCGCCGCCCUGCGCGACAGAAACCUGCUCAGCGCCAGUCGAUAUCCGUCAAACACGCAGGGGCGGCACGAGUGGCCGCUGCACGUGGCUCGCCUCUACCACGGCUCGUACCACUUUCGCUCCACGGUGGCCGGCCAAGCGGACUGCAGUACCGACCAUCACUUCGGGGGGGCGCUGUUCACAGACUACCACUUCUACUUCUACCGCCGCUGCAGCGACUGACGCCACUUAUUGUGUGCGUGCUGAAAGCAUUCACUCACUCGCUCACACGCGUUAUUUCACGCCUCACGUGGCAAUACUCAUCGAAGCCACAACAUUUUCACAUUAGCCGCAAGUCCAUUUUUUUGCCCCUUCAUUUCCA